AUGUUUCGGACGGCGGUCGUGAGCACUGAUGACGAGCACCAGAAGAUUCCCUUGAGCCAAAUUGUUCAAACGAGACACUGCUCAUUUGCCCUGCUACUCGUGACCAUAAAGGCCAAGAGUCCUGGGUGCACGAAGCAACUGAGGGAAGCCAAUGAACAGUUCGACCGGUUGGUGCAGCUAGACUGCUGUCCUGUCGGAGUGUGUGUUGCAUCCCAAAAUGCCAUUGAAGAGUGGCACAAGGAGAUGGGUCUGAGCUUCCCCAUUGUACAGGCGUCGCCGGAACUUCUUCAAGGUCUGGGCGUGUUCGAAAAGUGCAAGCCGGUGCGGUCAUGGUUGCUGUUGGACGGCGAAGGUGGUUGUGUGACGAAGAGGAGAAUUACGAGUGUUAGGUCGUCCUACUUGGGGGAGGUGGUCGAGUGUCUGGAAAAAGAGCUCGGGGGAGACGGGAAGGACGUGGGGCCUGAGGCCAACACGCCGAUGAAGCGCAGUAGGCGCGAGGCAGGCUCGAAGGACUCAACUGUAGCGCCCCCGACAUCGCCGCCCAGUCCCCCCCGGAACCUUCAAAAGCCCGCAGACGAGAACAGACCCAUCUUGAAGCGAACGCGGAAGCAGGCGACCAAGGCCACGGAGGACGAACGAGUCGCGAAAGCGCUCUCCACCUCCGAAGUUGAAGACUCGCCUGCGCCCAAAGGCCGGCGCAAGUCGCUCAGCAAGACCGUGGACAAGGCCGCGGAUAAGACCGUUGAGGAAGCCGACACCGAAAAGAAGCCGGCAAGGCGCGUGAUAGCCACCAACAGCUCAGCCAAUGCUAGCGUUGCCCCGUCCGCAGUAGAUGCUCCCUCCACGAAAGCUGGCCCCAUAAAAGCUGCUCGGGACGAGGCGAUGGCCACCGAGGAACAGCAAUCGGAGACUGAGGCGCCCACGGAGCAGACAGCUGGCAAAACCAGGACGAAGCCCAAUGGCAGAGCCAGCCGCAGCCAAAGCGUCACACCCAAGGCCAAAGCCAAAGCAGCCGCCGCCCGCGGAGGCUCUACCAAGUCGCAAGAGCCGGCUGGCCGCGACGGCAAGCGCGCCGCACCGGCCGCACCUGCCGCGAAGAGAAGCAACGCCCCGCCCGCAGACGAGAAAAAGGCCACCCGAAAAGUCGGGGCUCCCAAACCUGCAAAGGCUGUGAAGAAGGCCCCUGCAAAAAAGAAAGAUAGAUAG